AUGAUAUUAUAAUUCAUAUUCCUAUUUACAGAAGUGCAAUCUAUAAGUUUAAAAUUUAAGAUUCCUCCAGGUUAAUAACAAUGUAUAAAAGAUAAUGUUUCAUAAAAUACUCUAAUAUUUGGAUAAUUUGAAUCCUCUACUUUACUUUAUACUUUUACUUUAAGUGUAUAAAAAUAUUGUAAUUUUCAUAGAUAGUCAAUUAGCAAGAAAUAGAAAAUAUUAUUGCUGAAUAUUCAAGUUAGGUAAUCUAAUAAUUUCAUCAUGUUAUGUAAGAAUCAGGAGAGAUUUCUAUGUGUUUUGAAGUUGAUGAUUACUCUGAUAUUGCAACUAUUAAUUUAUUUUAUGAAAGUGGUAUUAAAAAUAAUUUGUAUUCAAAGGAGCUGAAGUUUAUGAUCAAGACUAAUUAGCUAAAAAACAGCAUGUUCUAAAUAUUAAUGAGACUUUGUAAUAAAUGGAAUAAUUGUAAUAAGAAAUUUCAAGGGAAUAGUUAUUAAUUGUUGACAGAGAAUAAAAGAGAAAAGGAAGUUUUGUAGAUAUUUAAUCAAAAAUUAUUGGAUUUGCUGGCAUUACUUUUGGAUUAAUCAUAAUUGUUGCUGCUUGUCAAGUUAUAUAUGUUAGAAGAUAUGUUGUCUACAAAAAAUUGGCUUGAUUAAUCUAGGUACAGGUUAGAUUAUAAUAAUUGUCUGUUAUUUUCAC